UAAACCUCAUAGCAUCCAAGUUCGAAUGCACAUAGAAAACUGGUCAUAAUCUCAAUAGAAAAAAGCCACUCAUGCAAAAAUGCAAGACAGCUCACAUGCCACAGACGCAAGACUUACAGUUUUUUUUCUUUUUUUUUUAUUUUGCUUUUCUUUUUUUUUUUUUUUUUUUUUUCUUUUUUUUUUUUUUUUUGAGAGUUUUUUUUUUUUUUUUUUUUGAGAGUUCAAGACUUACAAUUUGAUAGAUCUGGAUGACGAAAAAAUCGCGAAACCCAAAACACCCAAAUCCAGUUCAGUCGGCGUUAGCUUGAUCGGAAACUAAUUGAACACAGGGGCUGGCGAAGCUGUUUGCGGCAGUGGAAGGAUGCAAAUCGCCCGAUCUUUAGUUGCUCUGGCCGGAGAAAACAGAGGGAAGCGCAGGAGGAGGCUGCCGGUGGAAGUGAAAUCACAGCUGGCUCUUGAUUCACUCGUCUGAAGAGGAGGAAAGAUAAGCGGUGGAGAGACGGAGCAAGGAGCUCAAGUGACCGAAAAGAGGGAGAGAGGGAGAGAGAGAUCAGAGGGAACGGCAGUGGCAGGGAGGUGAUGGCUGAGGUUGCUGUCGGAGAUGCUGCGUUCUCCGUGAAAAUGAUCAAACUCUCGUUAUCGUCGGUUGAUCCGUCAGAGUACAUUAAGGCCAUAAUUUCAAUGUUAGCUAUGAUACGUCAAGGCGAAUCCAUUGAGGAUGAUCGCAUAACCAGCUUCACUGAAAAGUUUCUUGACGAUUUCAGCAUUUCAGAGCGAUAUGAAACACUAAUUCAGUCUGGUAUUCUAGAGACUUUCGUUGCACUGUACAAAUGCGAAAAUAUCACCACGCACAGAGAGAAAGGCAAAGAGUAUAUUCUAUAUCUGCUGAAUUUGAUUGCUUCGACUCAUCUAACUAGUUGCCUUGACGAACGUGCCUCUGUCGUCUUAGAAUUAUGUUUGUUUUUGAGCAGCAAGGGUGAGGAUCCUCUCUACUUACUAACGAUUCGUCGUUUAAGAGAAUUAGCAGAAAAGCGUAAGGAUGUGCUCCGUUUUAAGCUUAAAAUGGAAACAAUUUCCCAAAUUUCAUUCGUCGUUGAAGAUUUGCAAGACAGGUUGAUACGGGAUUUAGAUUUGUGCAACACUUCAUCUUCAAGCAAGGAGAAUGCAGGGUCGUUUUUGGAUGAUUUUAAGGACUUCAAGAUGGAGCACCUGCUUGAAGCACUUCAAAUAGACUAUAUUGGCAAAGAAAAUGUCCGACCUGAGUGGUCCCUGUAUCUUGCCAUUUUAGAAGAACUGAAUUUCAUAUCUAAAAUUUUUGAGGAUGCAAACGAAGAAUUUUGGGAUGUAUUAAAGAAGACGAAGGUUUCAAUACGUGCACUGAUUCUUCGAUGCGCUGGUAGAACAGAUGGUUAUGAAUAUGGGUGGCUUCUUAAGCAUAAUGAUGUGACUAAUUCUGAAUCCAGGAUGCAUUUAGCCUUGUUGAUGAUACCUCAAGUAAAAGAACCUGAUGUGAAGACGAUUAAGAAGGUUUUUGAUUGGUCUCAAAACAAUCUACCCGCUAAUCUGUUGGGAGUUUUCGUGAAUGAGGAACUUACAGAUCCUCAAUUUUUGAAGGAUUGGUUGUGUAAGUCCAGUAGAGCUAUAUUCAACUCAGAAAAUCCCCUUUUCCUGGCACGUCCAGAUGAUGCUACGAGGUUCUAUCUGAACCACGAGCUCAUCCCACAAUUCUUUCACCGUGAAUGUGUGAAAUUUGCUGGAGAAGUGAUUGCAUUAGCUUUGAUAUAUAAAGUGAGAGUAGGUGUCACAUUGGAUCCUGAGUUGCUAUCGCCCUUUAAGGUUUCAUCUUUGGAUAGUAAGAGCCUGGUAUCAUGUUUCUCAAGUGGCUUUUUGAAUGUUUUUGGUGUGUCAAUCGAAGAAUUGAGGCGUGUUGGAGGUUUAGAGAUUGAAGACAUUAAUAAAGAGUUGCAUGGACCCUGGAGAUCUAAUCAUAGUGCAGACAGUACUAAGAUCUAA